AUGCAGGAAGAGUAUGAAGACGCGAGAAGCUGCAAAAGAUGGGAUAAGAAAAGAGAGUGUUUCUUCAAUCGAAAAGGAGAUUCGGUUGUUGAUAAACGAGAAGUGGUGUGCAAUGAUGUGCUUGCAGUUAUUCCUCUGUCCGCUGGACAAGAUAAUCAGGGGAGUGAUGAGAGCGAGUGUGAAACAGAGAGAAGAAGAAAAGAUGAAGAAAGUGUUGAGAUGUUGGUGGAAGAGCUGAAAAAAACAACAAAGAAAGAAGAAGUGGCUGAAGAUGAAAGCCAGAAGUCAGCUGAUGAUAGUUUAGAGAAGUCAGCAGAAGAAAAGGUUGUUACUGAAAAACAACAAAAUGAAGAGGUGAAGAAAGAAGAAGAAUCAGGUGAAGAGAAGCAGGAGAAAGGUGAUGUAAAAGAUAAAGAGUCGGCCGAUGAAGUUGUUGCUGAGUAA